CCUAGUUACAGGAGCCUUCUCUCACACAUUUGCUGCUCUCACAUGCCCUCUCUCUUGGAUAGCACACAGUCUCUCAAACACCAAACUCUUUCUUCAUACUGCUGCCUUUAUAUUUUAUUCUGAUAUAACACACAGCUCUGUCACUGACCGCUGAUUGAAGAUAAUUUGUAAAAAGAAGAUCAUCCAGGUGACCUGAUCUGUGUGUCCAACUUCAUCCACCUACAGAAGGUACCUUGGCGGGUAGGAAGGCACUACACUGACCCGCCAUGUUUCUAGUUCUGGUGGUUACAGAGGAGCUGAGGGAGUUUCUGGCCCGCGCACGGAGUGGAACCGGACGUCUCAUCCAGGUGCUGAUCAGAGACGAGCAGCUGGUGUUAGGGGCAUACAGAGAGCCACGUCAGAGCUGGGACAAAGACUAUGACCACUUCCUGCUUCCCCUGCUAGACCCUCAUGAGCCCUGCUACAUUCUAUACCGGCUGGACACCAAGAACGCUCAAGGCUAUGAGUGGCUCUUCGUCUCCUGGUCACCUGACCAGUCUCCUGUUCGGCAAAAGAUGCUGUAUGCUGCCACUCGGGCCACAGUUAAGAAAGAGUUUGGUGGUGGACACGUCAAAGAUGAAAUGUUCGGCACAGUUGAGGAGGACAUUUGUCUUCAAGGGUACCUGCGACACGUGACUUCAUGUUCUGCACCAGCUCCCCUGACAGCAGCUGAACAGGAGCUACAGCGCAUCAAAAUCACAGAGGGCAGAGUUAAACAGGUGAAAACUGAGAUCACUGUGGACCCCAAGCAUCAGACUCUACAGGGUCUUGCAUUCCCAUUAAAGGCUGAGGCCAAACGUGCUCUACAGCAGCUCGCAGAGAGACGCAUCAACUACAUUCAACUAAAGCUAGAUACAGAGAAUGAGACAAUUGAACUCGUGCACACCAGCCCGACAGAAAUCCGUGAUCUACCCUGCCGGAUCCCCCUUGAUACACCCAGAUACCACUUUUUCCUCUACAAACAUUCACAUGAGGGAGACUACCUUGAGUCUGUGGUGUUCAUAUACUCCAUGCCAGGAUACAGCUGUAGCAUCAAGGAAAGGAUGCUGUAUUCCAGCUGUAAGAGUCGACUUCUGGAAGAAGUAGAGAGGGACUUCCACCUAGAAGUGGCUAAAAAGUUGGAGGUAGAUAGUGGAGAGGAGCUGACAGAGGAGCAUCUGUAUGAUGAAGUCCAUCCUAAGCAGCAUGCCCACAAGCAAGCAUUCGCCAAACCUCGUGGCCCUGCUGGGAAAAGGGGAAACAAACGUCUAAUCAAGGGAGGAGGAGAGAAUGGUGGCAACAGCUAGGAAGGACAGAAAGUGAGAGGAAGAGAGAAAUGAACUUCAGUUGUACCCUAAAUGUUUUACAGAUCCCAUUUUAUGCCUGUUUAAAGGGACAUUUUUUCAUCCUGCAGAGAGUGUGAAUGAAAAAUUGGAAUCCUGUGCUCAGUUAUUGUUAACUCAAAAAAAAAAUUUUUUGUUUUUACUUUCAUUCAUUGGCUUGUAUUUCUUUUUUUCUCAGUGUUAUUAGAUGUUGGUUUUUUCAUUUGGUGUGCUAAUGUGCAUAUAAUUAAGAGAAAAACUCAGGAAUUAAUUUUAUCUGUGCAUUUUCUGAGCACAUUUUUGUUACAUAAUCUCGUAUACAUAUACAGGUGCAUCUCAAUAAAUUAGAACGUUGUGGAAAAGUUAAUUUAUUUCAGUAAUUCAACUCAAAUUGUGAAACUUGUGUAUUAAAUAAAUUCAAUGCACACAGACUGAA